CUGAUUUCAUUUCAUUGUCUCUCAUUUUGUCUUUCAUCAAAUCUCACAAAUCCAACAAAAAAAAAUAAAAAUGAACACUUCAAACCCAACACCAUCUUCUCCACCGGAAUCCACCGCCGACGACACCGAACCAUUCCUCGUCCGAACUCGCCGUUCCCUCCACCGCACACCACCACCACUCCGUACCGCUUCUCGUUUCAUCCGGCGUGCAAGCUCACAACGUAUGAUGCUCCGUGAACCAUCCAUACGUGUCCGAGAGAGGGCGGCAGUUGAGGUUGAAGAACGGCAGAGGGAAUGGGCUUAUUCAAAACCAGUGGUAGCACUUGACAUAGCGUGGAACUUGUCGUUUCUCGUUGUUAGUGUUGUCGUUUUGGGUUUGAGUAAUAAAGAGGAACCUUGUGUGCCUCUUAGGGUGUGGAUUUUGGGGUACUUGUUUCAGGGAUUGGUUCAUUCGUUGUCUGUUGUUUCAGAAUUUAGAAGAAGGAGAAUGGAUAGUGUUUUGGAAAAUUCUUCUGAUGAUUUGGAGAGUGGUCCAAGGUGGAGUUUGAGUUCUGAGAGUGAUUCUGAUGUUGAUUCUCAGCAGUUUUCAGAUAAUGAGGAAAAUAGUUACAUUACAUAUUAUACGCAAGAGUGA